AUGUCCCCCUCUUCACCCAGGGAGCCUGUGCCCACGCCGCCCCCCCUCUCCCUCUCCGAUCUCUUCAAGAAUAUCCACAUGCCCCCGCCUACUCCUGCUGCGAGCCACAGUCCCCCCGGCUCGGCUGGCGGCGCAGACCAGAGGACCAAGUUGUUGGGCAUGCUGUCCUUUGGGGGUACGCCCGCCAGCGGGGCGACCUCGCCUGCGUUUACAGCCGUGAGCUCCCCGCCCGUUAUCGCCCACCAAUCUGGUAUCAUCACCUCGCCCCCUCCUCCCGCCGUAUCCGCCUCUCCCUCCGUAGCCUCGCUCCGGGGGCCCAAAGCGACUCUUCCCGGCCACUCGCCCGCCCACUCGCCUGCGCCCGCGCCCGCGCCCGCGCCUGUGGUGGAGGGCCAGCACCAACCCCAAGCCCAAGCCGAGGCCCAAAAGGGUACGCCAAAAGCAGCGAUCCCACCCGCAAAGUUUACGUUCAUCUCCCCCUUUGACGCUUUUGAGCCUGCGCCCAGCAAGGGUAGUGCGCCGUCUUCUUUGGCGGCGGCGUCGCCUGUGGGGUCGUACAGGGCUUCGCCUGUACCUGCUUCUGCUGCUGAUCCCACUUCUGGCCCUGCCCCUUCCCCUGCCCCUGCCCCUGCCCCUGCCUCGGGGAGGAGUGCUUCCGCCGUCGGGUCGGGUUUGGCGUCGACGUCGGGGACGGAUAAUGUGCAUGGGGAGGCUGUGACCCACGCUUCCAUUCCAGCGCAGACUAUCCCUACGAAGCAGACUCCGACUCCCAAGGCGAAGAACAGCGGGAGGAAGGAGCAAGUUGAAAAGGUGGACGUGGAUGCGGUGGAUGUGAAGAAGGAGGAAGGAGAGAAAGUGGGAGAGGUGGAAGACCCUGCGAUCGCUGCUUUCGACCCUUCCCCCGCUCCCCCUCCCGUCCCUGCCACUGGGCUUACUGGGCUUACUGGGAUCAAGGCGAACGAUGUGAAGAAGCAAGUCGUCGUACCCAGCCCUUCCGCUCUCACCCAACCCAAACUUACCACGCCCUUGCCUGUGCCUGUGCCCGUGCAGGAAGUGAUGAAAGAGAAUAGUAAACCACCCCACGGACCUACAGAGACAGCUUCGCACAUUACCGUCGACCUCGGAAAACCGAACGCUGAGCAUGUCAUACCGCCUACCGUCAUCCCCGGGGCGCUCAAUGUCCAAGCUAUCACGAUCACAAAGACGUCCGCGUCCGCGUCUGCGUCUGCGGCUGCCUCUGCCUCUGCAUCUGCGGCUGCGGGUGGGGAAGGGGAAGGAGAAGGACGGUUUGGGGCGGGGAGGAAGGUGGGGGUUACGAGGCAGUUUAUGGGGUAUACGAUGUCUAAAGGCAGGAUCAGGUUGAUCGACUCGCGUUCCGGUGCCCGACUCAUGCUCCAGACCACCACCCCCACCCCCACUCCCACCUCCGGGUCCGGGUCCGGGAACGGGAACGGGAGCAUCAUCGACCUCGCGGUGACCCCGAUCUUUAUCGCCGCCCUAGCCUCCGACAGGUCCCUCUGGAUCUGGCGCGUCCCCCCCGGGUGGGCGUACGAUAACCCACCGGUGGAGCUUGUCUUUGUUGGACAUACAGCUGGAGCUGGGGCUGGACAAGGGGGGCAGGGGCAUUGGGCAGAAGGCGCCGAGAGGGUGGAAUGGGUGAAGCGCCAUGGCGGGGAGCAGCUUGUCAUCGGCGGUCAAGAAGGUGUCGUCCUCUUCAACCCCCUCCACCCCUCCCUCCCGGGCCAAGGCCCCGCCCCGCACCCUCCCUCCCUGUUCGCCUCCCCCCCCUCCUCCCCCGCCUUCUCCCCCCUGCUCAAAGCCGACGGCCCCCUCGUCGAUUUCUGCAUCAACGCCCAGAACGUCGCGCUCGGCCUCAUGGCAGAGACGGGGCAUUUCACGCUGUACUCUCUUGGGAGUUUGAACAGGGUUUGGGCGAGGAUGCUGCCCGGGGGGAGUGGGGUGCAUGAGCGGGUGAGCGGGUGUUUGUUUGUGGAGAGUAAUGUGUGCGUGGGGAGGAAGGGGAAUACGUAUUGGGAUUUGGUGCAGAUUUCGACGGAUAUUGCCGUUUUGUCUUCUAUCCGGUUCCUCCCCCCGCCUUCCGCCCCCGCCUCCUUGGCGAAAGGGGGGGGGAAGGGGAAGCACUGGACGAAAGCGGUGUACGACCCCGGGUCGGGACUGCUGUUCAUCGCGCCGUACUUGCGCAACUCGCUCUACGCUUUUAGGUACGCGCUUAAAGGCAGUGCGCCGCUGAGAGACGUCUCACUUCCGAAUGGCCCGAGGGUUGUUGGGUUUGACCUCUUGUCUGAAUUUCCCCUCGCCCCGGCAGGUGCGGUGGGAGGGGGAGGGGGAGGGGGAGGAGGGGAAGAGACGGGGGUCAGUUCGUUAGCGAUGAUAGCUUCGCUCGGUAAUCAACCGGGGAGGGAAGCGGGUGAUUUGGAUUUCGUCGUGAAGACCGAUAAGGGCGCUGUCAGUCUGCACCUUACGCAGCUUGGGCUCGAGAUUGCCCAAGGCGGGCUUGGAGCUGUGGAGAAGCAUAAGCAGAAGAAGAAGGAGGAGGAGGAGGAGGAAGAAGAAGAAGGAUGGGCCAAGGUGGUUGAGAAGCCGGAGCCUGUACAGGCUUGGGCGAGUCGACCGGCUGCCCCGGCUAGUAUACCCGCGCCCAAAGCCAAGGUCAUUGGUGAGCACAAACAACAACAACAACAACAGCAAAGCAUGCUUUCACACCCUCUUCCGAGUGGGACGACUUUGGCGCCGAACCAUGCUUCUGAGCAGGAGAAGGCGAGUACGCCCUCUGCGCCCGGGUCGGUCAGUGGGGAUGGGGGGAAGAAGGGGAAGAAGGAGAGGAAACAGAAGGAGAGGGAGGACAAGAUGGUGAGGGAUUUGGAGCGCGAAGAGCAAGAGACAAAUGGGGGCAAGGCUGGCAAGAAGGAGAAGCAGUAUAAAGUCGUGGAGAGGGAGAGAGAGGCCGGGUGGUUGGGUACGGAGGGUGUUGGUAGGGAUGAGGUGGAGAGUAUGCUGAUAGAGCUGGAAGCUCGAUUGGGCAAACAGUUCCAGCAAGAUCUCCAUACGGCUCUAUUCCCGAUCACGCAAAAAGUCGAAUACCUCUCUUCCCCUGCUUACCUCGCUUCCCUCACCUCCGCCCUAUCGUCUUCCCUCCAAUCUACUCUCCUCCCUGCGCUUUCCCAAAACAUCGGUAAAGACAUUCUCGGCGCGAGCAAGGCUAGUGCGCGAGAGGUGGUGACUCUAGUUGGUAGGGAGGUGGGCCGAAAGGUGGAUGAGAGUGUGGAUAGUGUUGUGAGGGUCGUUGUGCAAGAGGCGGUCGUCCAAGACCUAUUGCCUGUCCUCAGGGCAGAGACGAGCCGACAAACGCAAGCCAUCUCUGCCGACCUCCAUUCCGAGCUUUUGCAGCUCCGCAAAUCCCUCUCCCCGCCGCCUCUUCCUCCCGCGCCCAAGGGCCCGACGCAAGAAGAGCUUCAAGAGCAAAAGGAGAGGCAGAAGGAGAGGAAGGAGGCGAGGGAGAGGUGGGUGCGGUGGGAGAAGGAGAAGGAGGAGGAGGGGAAGAGGUGGGAGGGGGUGAGGGGAGAGUUGAGAGAGUUGAGAAAGUUGGUUGGUGCGUUGCAGAGUCAGCAGGGUCAGGGGUCGAGAGAAGUACCGGCUUCGGCACCUAUCGUCCCCGCGCACGCGCAUCCUACUGCCCCUUCCAACCCCGUCCCUCAGCACCACCCACCAUUCCCCCACCCCGGCCUUCACCCGAACCAGUUCCCCCAGCACCCUCCCUUCCCGCCGCCUCCCCCGGCGCAGUUGACGGAUACGUUUAUUGCGGUGCUUUCGAAACAAUCGGUGCCAGAGACGGUGCAGUUGGUGAUGGAUCAUAGGCCGUUGACGGAUUAUAUCUUGCCGGUGAAUGGGGCGGGGAAGAGCCCACUUGGGCAGGCUGUUUUGUUGACGGUUGUGCAUCGACUCUCGACUGCCAUAUCCGACCUCCCUCUUUCUCCCAACACGCCGACUUUACUCGAAUGGCUCCGCCGAUCGCUCGCCCAUCUCCAACCGGGAGAUGCAGAGAUUGAGACGUGGGCCGGUAGAGUUUUGCCUCUAGUCAGAGAAGGAGCGGUGAGGUUUGUUGAGAGGGCGGGUGUGGAGGGAGGACCUGCCGGGAGGGGAUUGGUGAAUGAGGGACGAGAGUUGAUCUCGCAGGUAGAGAGCAAGAUGGGUUGA